GUCGAGAUACUACUGUCCAAACUGCACUUGGAGCUCUGCAACCAACUAUUCUACGUCCGAUCGGGACCGUGGGACGUCCAGGAUGCCCUGAGGUUCACCAUGUUUCCGGAGAGCAGCGGCAGCCACGAUGGAGAGAUCGGGAAGGAAAACCCCCUGAUUUUGGUUGCCAAGGCUUCGAGGGAACUGGAAAGACUCCUGGCCAGCCUUCGACCGUCGACGGGGGCAGCCGAACACACCCCACUGACAAUGUCCUACCACACUGGUCCGCCGUCUCUGUGUACGACCCAACUCCUCGUGGCAUUGUCCUGCUACAUCCAGAUUGUCUCCAUUGACGACAGCAUCUUCACUACCGUGAUUGAAUACUUGGCUAGCGGCGGUCCCCCGACGCCUUUGACGUCUUUAUCGUCAUCACAUCACCAAACAUCGACACCCACGUUGUACCUGGGUGGCUUACCGAUUCUAUCCAACUGGAAACUCUGUGGAACCCUGCUGGUGCACCAAAUAGAGUACCAGCUGGAGCGGAUUGAGAUGUUGGUUGGCCUACCAGAGCACUACCGCGUUUCGUCAAAGCCCGGAGACGACGGCAAGGAUGUGGUCACUGGGCUGUUUGCGGGACAGCAAAGCCAGUCUCUUCUCAAUGCUGUGUUCCAGCUGGGGGAAUUCCGCCCCGGAGAAGACGACACGCGAUGCGUUCGUUCGCUAAAAUCGAAGAUGCGACAGAUGAAAGACUUAUAGGAGAUAUUUCAUUUCUAAGUUACCAUAGACAGGGGAUCUAAAAGAAGAAAAAAGAGACUCGUGAGAGUAACGUCAAGUACUGUGGAAUUUCGUGGAGUUUCGUAAAAUACUAUGGAAUACCGUAUAGGAAUACCGUAUAGGAAUACCGUUUAGGGCGUUAUUUACAGGUUACAGUCUUUCCGUCAUGAUGAAAUAACAAUAUCAUAAAAGUAACUUCUCUGU